AUAGUGGAGUCUUAUGUGUGUAUUAUUUCAGCUUCUCCCAAAGGUGAGAAGAUGGAGAGAGAUCAUUCAGGAGAGCCCAAAGAUGGUGGAAAUUCAUCAAAACAGGAAGAAGAUUUCCUGGGGUUUUCUCCAUCUUCAGACAAAGGUAAAUCAGAUGUGACGAUCAGCCGAGCUGAUGUGGCCCAAGCCAAUGCUAUGGCUCGCCAGCUUCAUGUCUUCAAACCUGGAAUAGAUUUUGUCCCUGGAGCUAGGUUGGAAGUUCUAGAGUCUAGGGAUAACAACUGGUACCAGUGUAAAAUAGUAAUAGUAGAUUGGGGAGAACUAGACAUACUAGUUCAUUAUGAACGCUGGUCUAAUCGGUUUAAUGAGUGGCUCAAAAUGGACUCUACAAGAAUUAGACCACUGGUACGCAGUUCUCAGAGAAAAGAUAAAAGACAUGGUCAAUUUCGUGUUGGAGAUAGAGUAACUGCACGCUGGGCAGCCGAUGGCAAACGUUACCAAGCUAGAGUUGUUAAGAUAUUGGGAGACGAACAAUAUGAGGUGCUGUUUUUUGAUGGCGUUACAAAAGUUGUGCGAUCUGGGGCGCUUACAAAGUUUGAGUCAAAGCCUCCAGGAACAAGUGAGACAGGUGAAGAAGGGGAAUCUGCCAGCAGUAGUUGCAGUCCUAGUAAGCAUUCAGGACCUGAUGAUGAUGAGAUGAUGCUCCUCUCUCCAGCAGCUACCACUGCCAGUUCUACAGAUUCACGCUCUUCAAGUCCAGAGCCAGACCAACACUCAGUAGAUAGCAUUAAGGAGGAGGAACUACCAGAAGUUGAAGCAGUAACAACACCUAUUAAAAAAAGUAUCUUUGAUGUAGAAAUAAUCGAUCAAAAGAGGAAACCCAAGAGAAAAGCUGCUGUUGAAGAGCUUUUUCAGUCGUUAAAGAAAAAACGCAAAUAUGAACAUCAUGGAAAGAAAGAAGAUACUCCAACAUCUCCAAAAUAUCCACAGACUUCUCGUGUUGUGUCAUCAUCCCCAAGACACCAGCCCCCGGUUCGGUCCACUCAAGUCAGAAAGGCUCCAGCUUCUAGAAAAAGAAGCCGAGACUCUGCAUGUGUUACUGAGGAAGAAGGUCCAUUGUUGAAACAAACCGAGUCUUUAUUUCCUACCGAGACUCCUGAAAGUACCAGUAGUUCCUGCGAUACAUCAGCACAAUCCCAUCAUUCUAACCUUGUGACAGUUGAGUUAGACAGUGGCUGGAAGAAGUGUUGUACCCGCCGCACCCAUGGGACAACUGCUGGCAAAUGGGACAUGUUCUAUAUUGCACCCGAGGGCAAGAAGAUCCGUUGUAAAAAUGACCUACUUCGAUACUGCGAAGAGACAGGACAAACAUAUGAUUUAGACAAGUUUGAUUUUUCUGUGAAAAAUAUGAAAGAUGCCAUAGAGGCUUACCUUCAAGAAGCAGAAACUAAAGAAGCGCCUGUGACUUCCCACCCGCCUAAGGAUCAAAAGGAAUCCUCAAAAGAUGUUGAUGCUUUUGAGAUUAAAGAAGAAAAGAUUGACCAAGAUGAAAAGACUGCUGCUUUGGAAAUAGCAGAAAACAGCAAAGCUCCUUCUGCAAAAAAAUCUGAAGCGAAGAAACCAGAGACAAAGCGACUUGAUGUUAAGCUGAGUGACUCCCCGAGAAUAAAAAUAGAGAUCCCCAUUUUGCCCAAAACAGAGAAUAUAGGUACGUUAUCAUCAUCAAUGCAGAGCUGCUCAGCCAGUCCCUGGUCUCCUACCAUGCCCUUAGCACUCCCUCGAUCCUUGCCUGCCUCUGCAACCACUUGUUCAGCAGUUGCAACAAUUAAAGAGGAACCACCUUCAGUGGAAGUAGACCCAGCCACUGUAUCAGAUUCAGGAGCAGAGUUGUCCAAGCCAGAUUUUACACCACCUGCACGCCAAAAGCACAUGGUGAAGAAGGAUCCUGUCCGUGACAAACCCCCUGGAUAUGUUGCUCCCAAUGAGUUUGUGGUGAGAGCAGAGCACAACGAACACCAGUGUCCAAAGGAGGGUUGUGGAAAAGGCUUUCGGAAAGAAAAUCUCCUGCAGAUGCAUAUAAAGCAUUAUCAUCCAGAAAUCCUUAAGAAGAGCAGCAGCUGGGCACCAAAUGUGGCUGACUUGGCAUAUGCACGUACUGUUGGAGAUCAUCUAGACUUAAAUAUGUCUCCCACUCAUUCCUCUCCACCUGUAGAUAAAAUAUUAAAACAAGAAGGUUCAUCUAAAAAGUUGUCCCGUGGAGUGGUUUCUGGUAGUUCCGGUGAUUCUCGUAGCAAGAUAGGAGAAAAGAAACCUCAAGGCCCAUCAAGAGGGGCAUCUACUUCCAAAGAUACCAAGAAAAAGGAUUCCUCUAAAGUUGAACCUGAAACGACAAAAACCACCUCUGAAGAUGAAUUGGAUAUCAAAGAAGAAAUAGAUGACUACGUAGACGACCUUGAGGAGGAUACUCCGUUAGUUCGGGAUGUUGAGCCCGAAGAUCCGGAUUAUGUGCCUUGUGAAGGAGAGAUAGUACAAAAAAAGAAAGACAGGAAAGAGAAAAGAAAAACAAGAGGAGACUCAAAAGGAAAAAAAAGAAAGUCAGUUCCUUCAGAAAGUAUGAGUGAAGAUGACAUGCAGGAAACUAAGGCAGUUACCAAGUACCGGUACAGCAAACGCAAAGGAUCAGCUACACCCAAAAUUAAUAUUUCAGCCACAAAUGAUACUUUUGCACCUGAAGCCACUGUAUCAACUACUCCUGUCAAGAAGGUUCAUUGCUCUGAAGAAACAAGUAACCUGGAAGUUGAAGAAGACACUACUGACACAUGGGCUGAGGGAGCAGAGAAUGCAUCGGUCCAAGAGACCUCAGCAGAGAUCAUUAACUGCGGUUGUGGUUCUACUGAGGAAGAAGGACUCAUGUUGCAGUGUGAUGUGUGCCUUUGCUGGCAACACGGUGCCUGCUACAAUAUAGUUGGAGAAGAUCAAGUACCAGACAAGUACAUCUGCUCACUCUGUGACCAUCCUAAACUAGAACGAUCCUCUAAUAAGUUUAGGCACCACCAAGACUGGCUUAAGGAAGGUCGCCUACCAAGAUUCUCAUUUUCUCGCACCCGUGGUGAUGCUCGGCUGGAGGCUUGUGUUCGACGAGGCCAUGAAUUGACAGCCAAUGUGCUACAGCUGUCACAAGUUCUCCAUUCUCUCAGACUUAAACUUCACAUAGCUAAGGAGGCAGAUCAUCCCAAGUUUGUCAUGUGGCACAAGAAGUGGGAUGAGAGAGAGGAAACCAGUGACCAAGACAAAGUAUCAUCUCCUGCGGAUGCUGUGGUUCCUCUGCAUGACUUAAUGAACAUAGUAGAACAAGAUGGUUCUAACUCAUUGAUGACAGAUGCCAACCUCGUGACUGGAGAGCUCGAGAGUUCUGGUGCACCAGACACUACAAAUGCCAGCUCUCCUGUGAAGCAAAGUGUGAAAUCUCACCCCUCAGGAGUUUGGGAUGUAACUGGACAAAUUAUGAAUAUGGACCAGCUUUCUACCCAGACAGAUAUCCAAAAAGCAGAAAAUGGUAGUUUACUUCAGAAGGAGCCAAAUGAUAAUGACAUGAAGCCAAUUAAUUAUAAGCUUCAAAUUAAAGAUGAAGUGAUUGAAGAGGAUAAUGCCAUGGAAAACAAUAGUUCAUCUGAGACUACUGUUUCAUCAAAGGUGUAUGAUACUAAGAAACAUUUAUCAACAGAUCAUGAAGUAUUAGAAAUCAAACAAGAAGAGUUUAGUGUUAGCAAUAAAGUAAAUGAUGUUGCUGCUAUUGAUGAUUCUCAGCAAUCUAUGGAAAUGGAUGAGCACAAAGAUAUGUCAAAUGUUCUCUGUGAUAAAUCUGAUAUAGAAAGUGUACCUAGGUCAGAGACAAAUGUAACACUGAUGAAAGACAAUACAAAUAAUGAUGAACCCCAGAUAGAAAGUUUAGAUGCGUCUGUUACUGUUGGCGAGGAUGAAAAUCUCACUAAUACUAAAGGAACUUUGCAGCCUAAUUUACAGUCAACAGAAUUACAACAAGAAACUAAAACUGACUCAAAAUCCACUAAAAAACUUGAUGAUUUAGAGAGUAAUAAGAAAAUAGAAGACAGCAAGAUAACCGAUAAAGGAGAACGAACGACAGAAAGUGAUCAAGUAACCGUUGUAGAUACAGCAAAAGCAACACCAUUACAUGAAGAUCAAUCAGCUGUGCCUCCUGAGCCAUACUCUCAAAAGCCAGCAUUAGUUAAAAGUGUGAGCAUAGAAGAAGCUUCUCAAGAAGAUUUAUAUAUCGAUGACAGUGCCCACCCAGAAGACUGUGCUUGUGAGGAAAUGGAUUCACAAGUAGAAGAGAUAAAAAGGGAAGUCAUUUUCAAGACAGAAAAAAGGGUUGAUUUGAACCCUUCCAUAGCAAAAAAGCUUGAAGAAAACAUUGAAUCUGAAUGUGAUGAAACACAGACAACUCAAACUGAAGGAAAAUGUGGAGAAAAUCAGAGAGAAAGCAAGGAUGUCAGUAUAGUGGUUAAAGAAAAAAGUAAUGCUAAACUAACUAUGCUGGAAGAAAAUAAUGAACCAAGUGUUGGACAAAGUUAUGCAGACAUUAACAUAGGUGAAACAGAAAUCAAGUCAACACACAAAGAGGAAAAGGCUGAGGAAGAUAUUCAUGAAACGAUUAAAUCGACAAUUACUGAUAUAAAGGAUUUACCUGAAAAUAAGGUAAAGGGAGAAAAUGAAAAUGAUAAAGAUCCUAAUACUCAUCCUGAAGUAAUGAGUGAUCCUCACAAACAUCCUUAUAUCUCAGAGAAAAAUAAAGACUCUAAACAAAAUUUGAGUGAUGCUCAAGAUACAGUUAAGAAUGCUCACUCUAUGGAAGAUGGGGAAACGCAAGUGAAGGCACUGACAGAAGAGGAAGUGUUAGAGGGUAAGGAGCUAGAUGACACAAAACAGAGAGAGUUGAAAGUUGAAAACCCGUUAAAAACUCUUGAAACCGUAGAGCUUCAUCAGCCUUCAGAUAUGGGCUCAACAGACUUGACUCAACCAGAUGAUAUGGAUGGAACAGAAGAUGCCUUGGAUGAUAACGACACUCAGCUGGAUGAUGAUGGUGAUCUUGCUCUUGAUCUUGGAGGGUUAGGGGCAGCAGGAGAGGGAGGUAUGCCAGGUGGUAGUGACCUCGCAGCUCUACUUUCCUCACAUACUGAACUCGAGCAGCUUGCAACUCAAGCUAGCUCAGCUCUUGCUCCUCAUGUGCCAACCAGCAGCAUUGUUCAGCCAGUGCCUGCCCCCAUAAUUCCUGAAACAGAAAGAAUUGAGCCAGUCAACUGUAAACUGAAUCUCCUGGAACACGUGCAGAUUGUCCAAACCAACAUUACAAAACGCUUUGAUCAGAUCGAAAAGCAGCUUGAAGUGCUUGAAGCAGAAAUGGGCCUGUGCGCAGACACUGCAGAUGACGAUGGUGAGGAGGACAGUGAAGAACGUGAUCCGGCAACUCUUCAAGCACGUGCUCUCAUUAAACUCAUUCUUAAUGAUGUCAAUGUUGUGAAGAAGAUUGCAGAAUUUACUAAUUAACUCAUUUGUUUAGAAAAAAUUCAGUAAUUGUUAUAUUCCUACGUAAAGUACAAAUCCCCCAAAAACUGAGAUUGCCUUGCUAAUUUUCUGUAACUUCACUAAUUAUCAUGAUUCAUAAUACAAUAAUAUUUGAAUUUGAAACUAAAUACAUUGUAUGGUAAUGUUACAAAAGUGCAUUUAAAAAUGGUUAUCAUGAUGUUGUCAAAGUGAAAUGAAAAAGAUGUCUCACAGAAUAUCUGAAAUUUUGUUAAAACAUGUACAAUAUUAAACAUUGCAAAGUGCGUUAACUGUGCUGCAGAACAUAUUAUGAAGUGUAACCAACUGUGCUAUGGGACAUUAUGAAGUGUGGCCAUGUUGUAGAACACAGUGCAAUGUGUGGCCAACUGUGCUGCAGUAUACAGUACAAAAUGUGACCAACUGUGUUACAGAAAACAGUGCAAAAUGUGGCCAACUGUGCUGCAGAACACAUUACAAGGUAUGGCCAACUGUGCUGAGAAACACAUUAAAAAGUUUUGCAAAUUGUGAUGUGUAACACAUUAUGAGGUGUGACCAACACGGUGUGGAAUGCUUGACCAUAUUGUAUUAUGAAGUGUGAACAGCUAUGUGUUGUGUAACAAAUCAACACAACAUUGCUAUAAAGUGUGACCAACUUGGUAUGGAACCUUUGCUGAACAUGGAAAUGUGACCAGUUACAUCAUGAUACACUUUCGAACACGUAAGAAAACGCCACUGCCUAUUUUCUGGAACACUAGUGAACGCGUCGAAAACUGUAGCCAACAGUGCUCUGAUAGGCUGUUGAGUAUGACAAAGUGUGACUGCUACUGAUGCGUGACCCAUGGUGUGGACACACUUAAAAUAAAAGUAGAACACAGUGUAACAUAUUUGAUUUAAGUGCAUGUAAGCUAUAGCAAAUGCAACUUUUGUAAGAUACUGAUUGUAACUGCAUGGGAGUAAUCUCAUCCCCCUCUCUUCCCUAGCCAUCUUUAUAUGUCUUAUGGCAAAAAUAGUGAUAUCAGUGUUGAAAAAAGUAGACAUUUAUUGUUCCCUGUACAUUAGCCAAGUAGAGGCAGUGAGAGAAAGAUUACCACACAGUGGAAAGAUCAGUGAAAGUUCUUUGUGAAUAUGAGUGACAGCAUCACAGAAACAGACUGUGUAAAAAGAAGUUAUUUUCAUUAUAUUGAACAAUAAGGAAUUGUGUGCAAUAAUGUGAUGAGUAUUCUGCUGGGUGUACAGGGAGACCUUCCAGCAAGGAUUGUGAAGAAAUGUAUUUAGCCUAGUUGUUUAGAUAAAAAAAAAUAUUUUAGGAAAAUUCUACAUCUAUUUAGUGAAUAUUGAGUCAAUUUGAUAGUCAUCUUUUUUCUUUGUGUGUAGCUGCAUAUGAUCAGAUUUUGUUUUAACUAUGGUCCUAGACUGUACAAGACAUUAUAUAUAAUAUCAAUAUUACUGCAGUCAUGCACUGUCAUCAUUAUGAGCAAGUCAUGCAUUGAGAAACUGUAUUUAAGUAUUAAGUGACUUUUGCAGUGCAUUUUUUUUUUUAAGAUGAAAGUACUGUAUACUGAAAAUUUUAGGAAUUUAUAAUUGUGUAUACAGUAUCAUAGUAUAUUGAAGCUGUUGCAUAAGCUUAAUAAAUUUGAGAUCCUAGUCAUAAUAUCUUAAUUAAUAUAAUAAAAAUUUGAAUAUUAUAUAUAUAAAUAUUAUAUUAGUUAAAUCUACUGUCACUUGUUAAUAGAAUUAUUAGAGUAAAAACAACUGCUUCUUAUAUUGACAAAUAUACUGUAGACAAAAUUUUGAAUUUAUUUUAUACAUGUAAUUUCAAAACUAUUUUAUGAAAGGAAUCUCUGUUAUUGCCAACCCUGCAUUACCUGUAAGUGUAUAUAUUGAAAUUUAAUAUAUUUAUCUAUAAAGAGGUAUACAAUGAGUCGAAACUUGUGCACUCGUUAUCUCAUAAAAUUGUGCACUCGUUACCUCGUAAAUUGUAUAGUCAUCAUAAGGGAAAUAUCAUACUGUAUUAUUCAGUUGUACAGUAGUUAAGACAUUAUUGAAGUCAAGAGUACAGUACAUUUAUAAGGUCUGGCAAACUAUUUCUAAAUAUUCACAUUUUGUAAUGCAGAUGGAAGUGUAAUUGACACACAUGUAAAAAACUGUGUAGUAUAAAUUAUACAUCAAAAUA